ACCACGUUGCACUGAUCGGCUGCCUUGCAGUGGCAAUCGAGAUACUAGCGCUGACAGUAAGCGUGUGAAAAAGUGAUACAAUGGCUGGAAGUAAUCGAUUAGCGCGUAUUUUUCUGCUACUGCUUCCGGUAUGGUUCGUAGGUGCUCAAAAUACGAACCUAAGAAGUCUUACUGCGAGCGAUUGGUGGGAGAAAUCCGGUUUCUAUCAAAUCUACCCGCGAUCCUUCAAGGAUAGUAACGGUGAUGGGAUAGGCGACCUGAACGGAAUCACUCAGAAGCUGCCGUACUUAAAAUCUCUAGGAGUGAAGGCUUUCUGGCUGUCGCCUAUCUACAAGAGUCCCAUGGCCGAUUUCGGGUACGAUAUUUCUGAUUUUCGUGACAUUCAUCCAGAGUAUGGCACAAUGGAUGACUUUAAAAAUUUGGUGAAAGAAGCGAAGAAGUUAGAUUUGAAAGUGAUUCUGGAUUUUGUGCCCAAUCAUUCGAGUGAUGAACACGAGUGGUUCGUAAAGAGUGAAAACCGUGAAUCAGGCUAUGAGGAUUACUAUGUGUGGCACGAUGGUAAGCCUGGCAGCAAUCUCGAGCAGAAUGAUCCACCGAAUAAUUGGGUGCAAUCUUUCCGCGGCAGUGCUUGGCAGUGGAGCGAGAAACGUAGACAAUAUUAUCUGCAUCAGUUUCAUCGCAAGCAACCGGAUCUGAACUAUCGUAACCCUAAAGUCGUCGAAGAGAUGAAAAAUGUCAUGCGAUUCUGGUUGGAUCUAGGAGUUGACGGUUUUCGUAUCGAUGCAGUGCAAUGGCUGUUUGAGGACGACAAUUUUUUGGAUGAACCAGUUUCGGGCAACUCUCAGGACCCUUUGAUGCCUGAAUACUUGAAUCAUAUCUAUACGCAGAAUUUACCUGAAACGGUCGAUAUGGUAUACCAGUGGCGUGAAGCUAUGGAUAACUACAAGAAACAAAAUGGCGGCGAUACAAGAGUUCUAAUGACGGAAUGUUGGUCCGAUCUUUCAAUCAUCAAAACCUAUUUCGAAGAUGAAAACAAAAGACAAGGUUCUCAAAUGCCGUUUAAUUUCCAGUUGAUCCUUCAUUUGGAUGCUAAUAAUAAAAAGGCAUCUGACUUUAAAACGGUCAUUGAUUCAUGGCUUAACACUGUACCCGAUAGACGCAGCCCAAAUUGGGUCCUGGGGAACCACGACAAACGUCGUGUUGCGUCACGUAUGGGCGGAGAGCAUAUGGUGGAUAUCAUGGGAAUAGUUCAACUAUCAAUGCCAGGCGUGUCCGUGACCUAUCAGGGCGAGGAAAUCGGAAUGUUGGAUACCGAACUGACUUGGGCUGAAACUGUGGAUCCUGCAGCAUGUCAGACAUCUCCCGAAGUGUACAAAUUGUACACAAGAGAUCCAGCCCGCACUCCAUUCCAGUGGGAUGCGACAACCAACGCAGGCUUUACAAACCAUUCCAAACCGUGGCUUCCGGUUUCCCAGAUGUACAAAACAGUCAACGUUCAAGUCGAAGAGUCUGCUAGCUGGAGCCAUUUGAAGCUGUACAAAGAAUUGCUAAAACUACGUGAAUCGGACGAUUUCCACAAUUGUCACUAUCAGACGGCAGUGCUUGGGAACAACGUUUUUGCUAUCUUGCGAUCGGGACCAGUAUUGGCUGAAUCAGACGUUUACGUUACUUUGGUAAAUCUGGCAAACGAAACAUCGACCGUGAACAUAACUUCUUUGUACCAGCAAUACCGUCUAAGAUCUAACGCGAAAGUUAAGGUCUUGGUACGGAGCGUGUCGUCAAAAAGAAAGAGCGAAGAAGAGGUUACGCCAGAUAAACUCAGCUUGCAGCCAUAUGAGGGAUUGGUGCUUAGAAGUUCAGCCGUGCAACUCAUGGGUAAAGUUGGCUUUAUACUGGUCACAAUACUAUUUUUCGUGACGAGGCGUUAAAAUAAAAUGUGUGUGUAUGCUGUAAACGAAA